CGAUUGGCCGAGCAGGGAGGAGGAGGCUUCUGUGACAUUGUGAUGCUGUGCAGAUGCUCAGCAGCAGUGGUAGUCUAGAAAGACAGGCAAGUGGCAUCCUCUCUCUUUUUCCCUCUUUCUCUCCCUCCCCCCUCUUUUUCAUCUCUCUCUUUUUCUCUCUCCUUUCCCCACGCGCACACACACACACACACACACACACACGCACACGUACGCAUACACACGCGUACUCCGUCACACUGCAGCAGAAGGGAGAGGACACACUGUGAAGCUGUGAGGUUGGAUCAGGCCUGUCUGUUCAUCUCUCCAGUAGAACACAACCUGUCUCUCUCCUCCGCUCUCCUUCAAGGACUACCGCACCCAGGGAGUGCCUGCUGUCUCUACGCUUGGACUUACUGCAGCACGACGGAUCUACCUAGAAGGCCUUCCUCUUUUUUUACUCUUCGUUUCUUGUUGCUAGGCAGUGUUGGCUGAGCAUCAGGCCCUCAUACAUGUGUUUAAGCGUUUAUGCAUGUAUGUGAGUGUAUGACAGGGUCCUGUUCUCCACCUGUCUGAGUGUGGGACAGUUUUACAUCCCAGCUGUCAUUCUUUUAAUGGUGGCAUCCUUUGCGUCCUUAUCACUUGCUGCUUUUCUUCCUCCUGACAAAGGCGGACCGUAUCCCAGGAUGCCGAGCGGCAGGCCACUCUGCUAGGCCGCAGCAGCAUGGGCAAAGCACCGGGGGGGUGGGACAGCACGGAUUGGACGGCUCUGUUCAGGACGGGCGCGCUUACGCACUCCGCCGCUUCCGAUGGGUGAGGACGGCGAGAGCUCCAAAAUCAAUCACAGCUUCCUCCGAGACUAUGUCACUGAAGCUGAUGUCAUUUCUACAGUUGAGUUUAACCAGACUGGGGAUCUGCUGGCCACAGGGGAUAAGGGAGGGAGAGUGGUCAUCUUCCAGCGAGAGACAGAGUCUAAAGGUGAAUCUGAGGAGCUGGGUGAAUCAGGUGAGUAUAAUGUCUACAGUACGUUCCAGAGUCAUGAACCAGACUUCGACUAUCUGAAGAGUUUAGAGAUUGAAGAGAAGAUCAACAAGAUCCGAUGGCUGCCACAGCAAAAUGCUGCCCACUUUCUCCUCUCAACCAAUGAUAAAACAAUAAAGCUAUGGAAGGUGAGCGAGAGAGACAAGCGACCAGAGGGCUACAAUCUGAAAGACGAAGAAGGGAGAAUAAAGGACAUUUCCACCGUGACCUCAUUACGGGUGCCAGUCUUGAAGCCCACUGACCUGAUGGUUGAGGUGCGGCCCAGGAGAAUCUUUGCUAAUGGCCACACCUACCACGUUAAUUCUAUCUCAGUCAAUAGCGAUGGGGAGACCUAUCUGUCUGCAGAUGAUCUCAGAAUCAACAUGUGGCACCUGGACAUCACAGACAGAAGCUUCAAUAUUUUGGACAUUAAGCCAGCCAAUAUGGAGGACCUGACAGAGGUUAUAACGGCAGCAGAGUUCCACCCGCACCACUGUCACUUGUUUGUUUACAGCAGCAGUAAGGGCACGCUACGCCUCUGUGACAUGAGAGAGUCUGCACUCUGUGACAAGCACUCCAAAAUCUUUGAGGAGCCAGAGGACCCAGGCAAUCGUUCUUUCUUCUCUGAGAUCAUUUCAUCGGUUUCUGAUGUCAAGUUCAGCCAUAGUGGACGAUAUCUGCUCACCAGAGACUACUUAACUGUAAAGGUAUGGGACCUCCAUAUGGAGAAGGGCCCAGUGGAGACCUACCAGGUUCAUGAGUAUCUAAGAAGUAAGCUUUGCUCUCUGUAUGAAAACGACUGCAUCUUCGACAAGUUUGAGUGUGUCUGGAAUAGUACAGACAGUGUAAUCAUGACAGGAGCGUAUAACAGUUUUUUCCGGAUGUUUGAUCGAGAGACCGGUCGUGGUGUGACCCUCGAGGCGUGGCGCGAGAGCAGUAAACCGCGAGCCGUGCUGCGGACUCGCCGCAUUUACACCGGGGGGCGUCGGCGCCGGGGCGAUGUGGGCGUUGACAGUCUGGACUUCAGUAAAAAGAUUCUGCACAUGGCUUGGCACCCGGCCGAAAACAUCAUCGCCAUAGCAGCCACUAACAACCUCUAUAUCUUUCAGGACAGGGUCAACCCAGAAAACCAGUGACAUAAGAACUCUAAGGGGCAGCAAUAGUGAUCUUCACAGAGCCACAACACAAACAUAUAUUCAAACAAAACACACACAUAUAUGCACUAAAAUGUAUCCUUUAAAAACAUCAAUUACAAAACAAACAUAUUAUUGUCCCUGUGGAGAUGGAAAUAGUUGCCAAACUCCUAUAGUACACAUAUGGAUUUUACGGUUAAACCGUUCCAACAGAAGAGAUCUGCAAAGGUGGAGGAGCGUUUAUGUAUUGCCAGUGACUUUAUCCAAUAUCUCUCUGGUUAAUUACAAGGCAAAAAUGUUGCAAAUGGUACGUGGAAUUUACGUGACGUACAUCGAAUUUAUGAUUGACUGCAUGCUCAGCCAAUCCUGGACUCGAUUGAUAAGUGACUGAUGGUGUUGUCAACCAAUCCCAGAAUGCGCUGAUCUGUGACUGACAGCUAACAGGGAUGGUGGAAAGGGCGGUGCCUCUAGGCUGAAGACCAAGAAAGAGACGGCUCCAAUUCUCCAUGUCAGGUUGCCAUGGAGACAGGUUACUCAGCUGUGAUGGUAACAAGAGUGCUCUAAGCAGUCUUCCUAUCAUGUGCUUCCCAAAAACCUAUCCCACAAUGCAUCUGCUAAACGAGCACUCAUUUUUCUUCAUACUGAAUUUAUCAUUUUUGGAGACAUGGAUGCAGAGAAGACCGAAUUACUAUACCACUCUUGGAGGAGGUUCAAAUUCCAGAACAUGUCUUGAAUAUACACUAAUAGAUCGAAAGGAUUGCUCCUUCAGGACACUCACUACUUCAUUGAAACACUGUUUUAACUGGAUUACACCUCACAAUGUGUUACAUCUACACCUGUGUGGUAAGAAAGGAUUGACCGAUGUUAAAAUGUAGUUAUAGCCUCUUUAUUUUUGAUUGUACUGAUCCCUCAAAUAAAGUUCAAUCAUUAGCUGUGCGACACAGCAGAAACGAUGAAGACAUACAAAAUAUUGCAAUUUAUAGAAAGUCAGUUGCAAGAGCAUAGAUUUGUCUUGAACAUUGGGGGGUUGCAGCGUGAAGCAUUUUCAUGUUUCCAUUGAUCAUGGUAUAAAUACUGGGGGGGUUGUACUUGCUUGUUUUGAUUAUUUGGGGGGGUUACUCAAUUACCGGAUCCUAUUGUAGGCAUAUUUGUCACCUAUGAUUUAUUUAUUUACCAACCAAAAGUGUCCAGUAAUGGAAGGGUUACACAGAUAAAGUGAAUGGUAUUCGACUUGUCAUGUGACAACAAGGUGGCAACCAUGAUGUAAAUAAAACAUAUUUUUCUUUUCUUUUUCUGUUGUGAAAAUGCUGAUAUAACUGGAGUUUUCAUCUCAUGUGAAAAUACAUCAGUUCAAUCAUUUUUUAAAAGUAGAGGUAAAACUUUUUUUUACGGUUUAAAAAGUUACGAAGUGCACAUUUAAAUGAAAAAUGACAUGUACAAAGCAGCUGAAACCUGCUAUCUUUAAGACCACACAAGUUUACAUGUAACAUCCUAUUCACUGUAGAAAGUACAUGGAAAGUUAUUGUUCCACUGAGGUGCCAUUCACCUAAAGCGUGACUAUUUGUUUGGUGUAGAUGUGGUAAUGAAGAGUUGGGUGUCUGUGUAGCCUUUAUGACACAGAGGUCAGUGAUUGUUUUUGCUAUAUGGCAAAGGUUGAUUGAAUGUAACUGUCAAACACAUGCUUUUAAUUAAUCCAUUUUAUAGUGUUAUGAUGUUAAUGGGGUGCUUUAAAAUUGACGAGCGAUCUUGCUUGCUCGCUUUCUCAUUUUUCGUGACUUUAUCUGAUCGUCCCUUUUCUGUCUUUUCCAGUGUCGUUCACGUGUUUCCAUGUCCCAUUUUUCUAGUGCUCUUUGCUCUACAUAUACAGAAGCUGUGCCUCUUACAAUCAGUCUCUCCAUCUCUUUUCCUGUCUUUAUCUCCUCUGAGAUUUUUUUACGCUUGAUACAGUGCUUGCAUGGCAGCACUGUAUUGAUAUUUCUCAAACAUUCUCAUCAGGGGUUUGUUCUAAACCCCCCAAACCCUAAGUAUUAAACUUAAGCAGUUCAUUCAGCCACUACUGCUUAAUGUAGAGACUCCAUUCAAACUUUUUGUUGAUAAUUUCAGCCUUGUGAAUGCUAGCUAUUUUUGGUUUUAUAAACUUAAGAAAUCUAUGAAUAAUGUUUGAAAAUGUCCCAUUGACUUACACUGACAAUCUAACUGACAACAAUGACAUUUUCGUAAUAUUUUAAAACUGUAUUCAUAUUGGUCUUCUUUCUUCUUUUUCUAUUUGCCUACUGAAUUGUGAUUGGUCUUGUCCUUUGGACAGGAGCCUUUGCAACGCAAAGAUUGUGUCGUGUUGAUUCUCAUACACAGUUAACAUAAAACAAGACACAGAUUGAGUGUCACAACAACACCAAAGCGGCUCUGAUGCGGCAUUUCAUUUAUGCAGAACUAAGGCCUAAAACCUAAGAUUGGCUAAAACUUUAACAUUACUCUUGUGCUGCCUUGCAAGCACUGGUAUUUCCAGUUUCUUUUUUUUUUUUUUUUUUUUUUUACGUUUUUUAAUAACUACAGAAUGCUGACAUCACCUACUAAAGUUCAUAUAAUUUUUGUAGCUUGAGACAAUGCAUCUCUUCUUUAUCUCUCUCACUUUGUUUCUUUCUCUCUCACUAAAUAUGAUGACCAUCUGAUGUACUGUUACCAUGGCGAUAGGCCUUCUGCCAUUACACAUUCUCUCAUGCUCUAGUCUCAGACAUGAAGUGAAACACACACUUACAUUCACAAUGCAACCAGGGAAUAAUGGCUUGAGUUUUUCAGGGCACUCUCUCUCUCUCUCUCUCACACACACACACACACACACACACACACACACACACACACACACACAAACACACAUUCACA